AUGAGCUCCCGAGACCACCGCGACUCGGACCGAGACGACCGCACUCGCGACCGCCCCUCGUCGUCCCGCCGCCGUUCCGCCUCGCCUCCUCAUCGCUCCUCCUCCCGCCGCGACGACCGCGACCGCGACCCGAAGCGCGAUCGCCGCGACGACGACCACCACGACCGCGACCGCGAGCGUCGCAGCGACCGGGACCGCGACCGCGACCGCCCGCGCGACGGCGUCAGGGAGCGGCACCGCGAGCGGGAGCGCGGGGGAGAUGAGCGGCGCAGCAGUCGGCGGGAGAGGAGCAGGAGUCGCAGCCAGGAGCGCAGCUCGAGGGAUAAGGACCGCGAGUCCAAGAAGCACCGCCACCGCGAGACGUCCGAGGAGCGCCGAGCCCGCAAAGCAGCGCGCAAAGCCGAGAAGGCCGCCGACGCCGCCCUCCUGCUCCCCGAGGAUGCCCGCCAGGCCGCGGCCGAGGUCGCGUUCUACUCGGCGCAGGACAACCCGUUCCACGACGCCAACCUCGGCGACAAGUUUGUGUGGGGCAAGAAGCGCGAGAAGGAGCGCAAGAUGGGCAUGACGCCCGAGGAGGCGGCCAAGCGGGACCGCGAGCGCGCGUACGAGAGCCAGCAAGAGAUCGAGCGCCUCAACGUCCGCCGUGCGCAGCGCGAGGAAGAGUUCAAGCUGCGCGAGGCCGAGUCGAUGCGCGCCGCGCGCGACGCCGAGUCGGCGCAGAUGGCGGCCUGGAUCGAUCGCGAGGACGACUUUCACCUCGAGCAGGCCAAGAAGCGCGCCGAGAUCCGGGUCCGCGAGCGCCGCGCCAAGCCGAUCGACUACCUCGCGCUCAACCUCAAGUGGAGCCAGCCGCCGCUGCAACCGGGCGACGAGGGCUACGACGAGGACGACGAGGACGAGGGCGAGGGCCUCGAGGUCGACCUCGAGGAGCCGUACGCCAUCUUCGAGCACCUCACGCUCGAAGACGCCGAGGAGCUCCACGACGACAUCAAGAUGUACCUCCAACUCGAAAAGAUCGAGGCGCACACCGAGUUCUGGCGCGCGCUCCUCAUCGUGUCGUCGGCGUCGCUCGAGGCCCUGCGCGAGGAGCGCGCGAUCGGCGUCAACGCGUACGCGGCGCAGAGCCGGGCCAACGCGGCGGUCAAGGCCGAGAUCCAGCGCCUCCUGAGCGGCAAGUCGUUCGACCAGCUCGUCCAGCUGCAGCAGCAGGUCCAGGGCAAGCUCGCGAGCGGCGAGGUCAUCGACGUCGAGUACUGGGAGGGCCUCCUCAAGGAGCUCGUCGUGUGGAAGGCCAAGGCCAAGUUGCGCGACAUGCACGAGGUCGUCCUGUUCAACCGCCUCGAGCAGCUGCGCAAGAAGCAGCGCGACGAGGCGCUCCGGUACGCCGAGGAGGUCAAGAACGCGCUCGCCGGCCCGUCCGCGCCCGCCAAGGACGACCACGACGACGACGACGACGAGAUGGACGUCGAGGACGACGAGGCCGAGGAGGUCGGCGAGCCGUCGGCGCCGGCCGUCGUCGCCGACGCGUGGAACCCCGAGUGGGAGCCGGCGCUCCUCAAGCGCAUCCCCGAGGAGUACCGCCUGUGCCAGGUCGUCGACUUUGCGUCGGACCGCGCCCAGCUGUACGCGGCCCGGCGCGCCGUCGCCCAGGCGCGGUUCGUCGUCAAGCCGCGCGGGCCCUCGGGCGCCGAGGGCGACGGCGCCGCGAGCAAGGACGACGCAAUCUACCAGGCGGCGGUCGGCCAAGGGUUCGAUGAGGAGGAAGAGCUGUUCAACCUCGAGGCCGAGAUGUCGAGGCCGAGCUACAGCUGGGAGGACAAGUACCGCCCGCGCAAGCCACGCUACUUCAACAAGGUCCACACGGGCUACGAGUGGAACAAGUACAACCAGACCCACUAUGACUCGGACAACCCUCCGCCCAAGGUCGUGCAGGGCUACAAGUUCAACAUUUUCUAUCCCGACCUCAUCGACAAGACCAAGGCGCCUCAGUACCGCAUCAUCAAGAACAAGGAGAACCCCGACAUCUGCACCAUCACGUUCUCAGCGGGCCCACCGUACGAGGACAUUGCGUUCACGAUCGUCAACAAGCAGUGGGAGCACUCGCACAAGCGCGGGUUCCGCAGCUCGUUCGACCGCGGCGUCCUCCAGCUCCACUUCUCGUUCAGGCGCACCAUGUACCGCAAGUGAGGAGGCCACCAGGAGGAGGAGCGAGGCGGCAAUGCAUGCUUUCGUCUGCCUGCUUGCGCCCAUCU